AUGGCAUCCUCGGCCUCGAAACGCCUCUUCAAAGAAUACAAGGGCCUAUCGUCGGAUCCGCCGGAGGGCAUCACCGCGGGUCCAGUCUCAGAGGAUGAUAUGUUCCUAUGGGAAGCCCUGAUCCAAGGUCCCGAGGGCACACCGUUCGAAGGCGGCGUUUUUCCGGCGGAGCUCAAGUUUCCAAAGGAUUAUCCGCUUGCGCCACCGAAGAUGAAGUUCUUGGUGGAGAUGUGGCAUCCGAAUGUGUAUCCCAACGGAGAAGUAUGUAUCUCGAUUCUGCAUCCUCCUGGCGACGACCCACACCACUACGAGCAAGCCUCCGAGCGCUGGUCGCCCAUCCAGAGCGUUGAGAAGAUCCUCAUUAGUGUAAUGAGCAUGUUAGCCGAGCCGAACGACGAGUCUCCUGCGAACGUAGAUGCGGCGCGAAUGUGGAGGGAAAAGCGCGCUGAAUACGAAAAGAUCGUGAGGGACAAUGUGAGAAAGAGUCUGGGGCUCUAG